AUGGCGGUUCUGAGAACCACAACGAACAUGAUCCUCAGGCACAUCUUCCGACCAUCCUUGUCAUUUCCUUCAUCAAUCCCUACGAUUGUACUCCGCUCCUCCAAUGGAGGAACCGGAAUCGGAAUCGGCCGUGUCCGUUGCGCCGGUUCGGACUCCGGCGGCAGCGGGAACAAGGUGUCGGCUCGGCUCUCGCAGGUCAACCAGCUCCUGCAAGCGGCCGAGGAGCGAGCUCUCUCCGCUGACAAACAUCCCCCUCCUAAAAUCACGCUAGACCAUGUAGCUGUUAGUUUUGCCAGAAGUGGAGGGCCUGGAGGGCAGAAUGUUAACAAAGUGAACACCAAGGUGGACAUGCGAUUCAAUGUAGAAAAGGCGUAUUGGCUAAGUGAAUGGGUCAGGGAGAGGAUUUUGCAAAUGGAGAAGAAUCGGAUCAACAAAGAUGGGGAGCUUGUGAUUUCUUCAACUAAGACUCGGACGCAAAAGGGUAAUAUUGAAGAUGCUCUGGAGAAAUUUCAGGCAAUUAUUGAUGCUGCUUCUUAUGUCCCACCUCCUCCCUCGGAAGAGCAAAAGAAGAAGAUAGCUAAAAUGGCUGCCAUUGGGGAACAAAAACGGCUUAAGAGCAAGAAGGUUCUUUCGGACAAAAAAGCAUUUAGAAGAAGCCGAGACAGUUGGGACUGAGUGUUAUUAUAGUUGAGAAUUCUGUACGUGUUGGAAGUUGGCACGCUCUCUCCUCACUCGCAAUCCGGUUGUUUGUCAUUCAUAAGCUGUGACUACUAUGUCUUUCCUGGGUGCAUCAUGUUCGUAUGGAAACAAUUCAAGAGCAGACACCUCGGAUUCAAGGGCAGACUCACUAAAUGUUAGGGAAUACGUUGUCCAUGAGUAAUGUUGAAAAUACCAAUUGCUGGGUAUAAUUAGUUCUACAUGGCGUUUCAAAUCUCUACUCUGUAUAUGAAAUUCAACGUAGAAGGUCGGGUUUUCGCCUCUACCAUAAACUGCUCGUUGCUUAGAUUAAAGACGUGUUUCCGCAAACCCUCAGUUGCUUAAGA